AUGGACGUUGUUAAACAAUUGCACAGUGUGAGUGAUGGACUUUUUUUUCUUUCAGUGUCCGACACAAAGAGGAUUGUGAUCUUGGGAAAAACUGGGGCUGGGAAAAGCAGUGUGGCUAACACCAUAUUUGGGAAAGAACUGUUCAAGAUCGGUGACACUGCCAGCUCUGAAACAAGAGAAUGUCAAGCAGAAACCAAAUCUGUCAACGGAAGAAGAAUCACUUUGAUCGACACUCCUGGUUUCUUUGACACAGACAUACCUGAGGAGGAGCUGAAGGCUGAGAUAGUGAGGUGUAUCACAGAGUGCGCUCCUGGGCCUCAUGCUUUUCUCAUUGUGCUUAAAGUGGAGAGAUUCACAAAGCAAGAACAGGAUGUCAUCACAAGAAUAAGCCAAUACUUUUCUGAAGAAGUCUUCAAAUAUGCAACAGCUGUCUUCACUCAUGGUGACCAGCUCAGUGAUGGACAGACAAUUAUGGAUUUUGUCAGAAAGAAUAAGUCAUUGAGUGAUCUUGUUGAGAAGUGUGGAGGCAGCUGUCAUGUCAUUGAUAAUAAAAACUGGGAGAACGACGAGCAGGAUGAAUACAGAAGCAACAAGUUCCAGGUGGAGGAGCUCCUCAAGACAAUAGAUGAGAUAACUGAGGCAAACAGAGGAGGCUGCUACACCAAUGAGAUGCUACAAGCAUGGGAGAAACUGAUCCAACAAGAGGAGGAGCACAUUAGAAAGUCAUCACCAAACAUGUCAGAGGAAGAGAUCAGAGGACAGGCUAGACUCAACACAUCAAGAUUGAUCAAGAUUUUAAUCAGACUAGCAGGUAUCACAACAGGUGCAUUGUUAGGAGCUUUGUUUGGUGUGGUUGUGAGUGCUGUAGUUGUGGUGCUGCAGCAGCUGGAGCUGACUCAGCACGGCACCAGGGCGCAACACCGGCAAGUGAUGAUGGAGGUGCCUUCAGGGAAUUAG